AUGUCAGAUCUCUCGUUCAAGGGCCACACCGUCGUCGUCACCGGUGCAGGCGGAGGACUCGGCAAAGCUUACUCGCUGCUGUUCGCUUCGAGAGGCGCGAACGUCGUCGUGAACGAUGUUAGCCAGGCUGCAGCGCAGAAGGUCGUUGACGAGAUCAACCAAGCCGGAGGCAAAGCUGUCGCGAAUACAGCUUCCGUAGCAGAUGGCGAGGCCGUCAUUAAGACGGCCGUAGAGGCUUUCGGAGGGGUUUCUAUCCUCAUCAACAAUGCUGGCAUCCUGCGAGACAAAGGCUUUAAGAAUAUGUCGGACCAGGAGUGGGACCAAAUCAUGCUCGUGCAUCUUAAAGGCUCGUAUUCGUGCGCAAAAGCCGCAUGGCCCAUCUUCCAGAAGCAAAAGUUCGGUCGGAUUGUGAACACGGCGAGCGCCGCGGGCCUCUACGGUAACUUUGGUCAGGCAAACUACAGCGCUGCCAAGAUGGGUCUCGUUGGUUUCACCAAGGCCCUCGCUGCCGAGGGUGCCCGGUUUAACAUCAAGGCUACUGUCAUCGCGCCUAUGGCCGCAUCUGCUAUGACGGAGACAAUUAUGCCUCCAGAGAUGCUCGCGAACUUGAAGCCUGCAUUCGUCGCGCCCUUUGUCCUUGCCAUUACGCACCCAGACGGCCCAGACGCAAAUGGCCGGAUUUUCGAGGUCGGGGCCGGAUAUGUUGCAGAGGUCCGGUGGGAACGCAGCAAAGGUGUCUCGUUCAAGACCGACAGCACAUUCACCCCAUCAGCCGCCCCGUCAAAUGCGCAAGCAUCACCCGAGGUCCGGUUCGACGGCAAGACCGUUAUUGUUACUGGCGCGGGGUCUGGUCUCGGACGGGCAUAUGCCCUCCAGUACGGCCGCUUGGGAGCGAACGUCGUAGUAAACGACGUUGACGGCAAUGCAGUGAAGGCGGUCGUGGCAGCUAUCACCAAGGCUGGCGGGAAGGCUGUUGCUGCUGUCGCAUCUGCGGAAGACGGCGAGGGGAUCGUGAAGGCCGCUCUCGACACCUUCGGCGGUGUCCACGUCCUCGUUGCCAACGCGGGCGUCGCACGUCCCAGUGCCUUUGAGAAGCUGUCAGAAAAGGACUGGGACGAGGUCCUGGCAGUGCACCUCAGGUAUGGAAGGUUCGCUGACUUCGCGUUUCAGUGCGCAAAGGCUGUCUGGCCCCUUUUCUUGAAGCAGAAGUAUGGCCGCAUUAUCACUUUCGGCUCCCAGGCCGGCCUCUAUGGCUCCCCUGCUCUUGCAAACUACUGUACCGUGAAAGCCGGUGUCCUCGGUUUCACGAAGACACUGGCCAUCGAAGGCCGGAAGAACAACAUCCUCGCGAACAUCGUCAUUCCGUCCGCCGGCGCCGCAACUGGUCUCGGCCGGGCCGCAGCCAGCGUAGAGGCAGUCCGGGAGGACUACGUCGCGCCGCUCGUCGGCUUCCUGAGCAGCGACGCGAACGAGGAGACGACGGGGAGCAUCUUCCAGGUCGCCGCCGGGUGGAUCGCGCAGAUCAGGUGGCAGCGCACUGGCGGCUACGGCUUCCCCGUGAACGUCCCGCUGACGCCUGAGGCGGUCAUCUCGAAGUGGGCGAACAUCACUGACUUUGAGGAUGGGCGUGCUACGAACCCGGGGAGCACCCAGGAGGCAUUCAUGCAGAUCGCCGAGAACUUCGGCAACACCGACGAGAGCGCAGGCAGCGACUCCGACAGCCCCUACGCAGACCCCGAGGACGCCGACAUCGUCGCGGCCGCGAAGAAGGACGUGGACGCGCCGACCGAGUACAGCUACACCGAGCGCGACGUCGUGCUCUACAACCUCGGCGUCGGCGCGCGCGAGACGGAGCUGCAGUGGACGUACGAGAACCACGAGGACUUCGCCGCGCUUCCGACGUUCGGCGUCGUCCCGCAGUUCGAGGCGAGCGCGGGCCUGUCGCUCGACUGGCUCCCGAACUUCAACCCCGCGAAGCUGCUCCAUGGAGAGCAGUAUUUGGCGAUCAAGGCCCCCAUCCCGACGAGUGGGGAGCUUGUGAACGAGGCGCGGUUGAUGGAGGUGCUCGACAAGGGCAAGGCGGCGGCGGUGACGUCCAUCGUGCAGACGAAGGACAAGCACUCGGGCAAGGUCAUCUUCGAGAACCAGUCCACGGUAUUCAUCCGUGGCUCCGGCGGCUUUGGAGGCAAGCGGGCAGGAAAAGACCGGGGCGCCGCGACCGCAGAAAACAAACCUCCUGCACGGAAGCCAGACGCAGUCACUGAGGAGCAGACUCUGCCCACCCAAGCCGCACUGUACAGGCUGAGUGGCGACCUCAACCCCCUGCAUAUCCUUCCAGAGUUCGCUGCGGUCGGCGGGUUCGAUAAGCCUAUCCUGCAUGGUCUGUGCUCGAUGGGCAUCUCCGGGAAGCACGUCCUCAAGGCGUUUGGCGAGUACGAGGAUAUUAAAGUCAGGUUCGCGGGCGUCGUGUACCCCGGCGAGACACUCGUGACGGAGAUGUGGAAGGAGGGCGCGAAAGUGGUCUUCACUACGAAGGUCAAGGAACGCGGAACGGUCGUGCUCGCGGCGGCGGCCGCGACGCUCGUGAACCCGGGCACCCCGCUCCAGGCGAAGCUGUGA